UACUUCAUUUGCUCAAUGCUGGGGCUCGCUCAGUAUAUGAGUGGCAGGAAUUAUACAAAGUUUGGUUCGUCAUUGACGGUGACCGAGAAGGCGCUGAUUCAGCGAAUGUAAAAUGGAAACCAACUGCUGGGUUCACUGAUAAUCAUGGCUGGUAUCAAUGAAGGAAUGCAAUAUUUAAAAUCUUUGCCAAGUUUUUUGAAGAUCUUGGAAAUUAUUCUUCUUCUGGUCUCUAUUGGUCCAGUGGGAUACUUUCUCAACAACGCACCAGAUUUUGAUUUCGACAAAAGGGAUAAUCUGAAAUUUUUCGUUGGCGCAGCCGCAGCUUCAGCUGUUAUCGCACUGCUGUUUUUUCUCAUCUUUCUAACUGGUGCGCAUAAAAAAAUCGACGCUUUUAACUGGGCAAGAACGGCGGCAGGUAUCUUUCUUGUUCUGGCGAUCUUACUACUAGUUGCUUCGUCGUUACUAGCAGACACUGUCAGCCAAUAUCAUUCAGAUGGCACAUGUAAAUGGAUGGAUGUACAAAAAACAAAAUAUCAGUGUGGGCAGCUAACUGCGGGAACAGUCUUUGGUUUCUUUUCCAUAGUAAUUUUCAUUGUGGAUGCCAUUAUUCAUUUUCGAUUGUGAUAGAUUUGGUCUCUGGCCAAAUACCACUUUCAUGACUUAAGCACAAUGUGUGUUUCAAUCAUUCAAUGUCAUGUAAUUUUUAGUAGAUAUCGAUAAUAAUAUAAUUCUAGUAAAUUGACAUUUGUAUAGUCCUUGAUUAGAAUCAUAUAUUUGUUCAUGCGCGGCACUUGGGGCAGAAGUAUCAUUUGCAGUCGGCAAAACCACUGAGAGCAGAAUAAUUUGGGCGUGAGUCGAGGAAACC